CCUGGCUGAAGCCACACACUCCGGCAGCCUUGGCUGACAGCUGAGUUUCAAGAAUAGGCAUUUGGGGCCUCUAAACUUUCCUCUGAGCUCCCCUUUCUCUCAACCCAUCUCAGGGAAGAAGGGCUGAAAGGGACAGAAGGAGGAAGCCUCAGGAGGUGCUGGCCAGGGAGCCCGGAGACAUGGAGGAGGAGAGAGAGGGGGAGGGAAAGAGAAAAGGAGGGAAGGAAGGCAAGCUGUUCUCCUGAAACAACCUGGGAUUCCAAGAGGGAAAUCCUUGUCUGCCUCCACACUGAUUGCAGCGUUCCUGGGCCAGAAUGAUGCAGUGGGAACUUCUAACCACUCCCUGCUGACUGAAGGAAAAGAGCAUUGGACUAGGAGCAAGUUCAGAGCUGAGCACAGAAUUGGCUUACAGCGAAAGCUUUGGAUUCUCCCUCUGGCGAUCCCUCCCUUUGGUGAGCCUUCAGGCUUCUCCUGGAACUUCGGGACUCAUGGUCUACCCAAACCUUUCCAGUAACACACAGACAGAAGACCCCUUCUCAGGAGAGUGGUUUUUCUGGUCCUGUUCUCCUUAGCACAGGAAAAGUCCUGCCACCUCCUGGUGGGACCCAUGGAGACCCCCUUCAGCCUGGGUAUCCUUCACAGAAGGCUAAUCCCUUGUCUCUCUUUGACUAUUAAAUGUCUUCAUGAGAUGGGUUCUGCAGCCCUGAGUGCUAGGAUCCAGAGGACUGGAUUUGCCCCUAAGAGAUUUCAGUGGCUUUGAGUAAGUGCAGGGACUUAGGUAGGGGUGGGGGAGGUGCUAAAUAGAGCCUUCAGCCCUCCCCCUUUCACCCCAGUCAGACACUUAACUGAGAAUAUCUUGUGGUCUUUGAUGACUUUCAAUGGCCCAGAGUAUCCUUGGCCAUAGCUUUAAGGACUGCUGCCAGCUGGUCCCACUGGGCGUCUCCCUUGGUUUCAACGGUAUUGAUCAUCUUCCCGGAACCCCAGGAGCCUUGGCUGAGCCUCCCUGCAUUCCCACCAGGUGCCACCAAAGGAACCCUGCUGGUGCUUCUCACCUGGGGAGCCCUCUCAUGCUUCCCAUGCUCCCAGGCUGGCCAGAGCCAAUGAGAGCUCAUGAACAGGAGCCCCACCUCCCCCAGCCCCUGGCCACAAUGUAGCUGCCUUCUUGCCCCAGUGACUCUUCUCUGAGACCCAGGGUGAUGGGCUCCUCUUGGCCAUGCUGCUGCUGGCAGAGGACUGAAAUGGGCCCUGUCUGGUCCCAGCUGGUCCGACCCUGCUCUCUGAAGCCAGCCCUGCUGCUGGCCUCGCUCCUCUUUACAGCAGGGCUGGCCCUGGCUGAUGCUGUCGCCAGCUGCCCAGUCCUGUGUACCUGCCGCAGCCAAGUGGUCGACUGCAGCAGCCAGCGCCUUUUCUCUGUGCCUCCUGACCUCCCACUGGACACUCGAAACCUCAGCCUAGCCCACAAUCGCAUUGCCACUGUCCCACCGGGCUACCUUACCUGCUAUGGGGAGCUCCGGGUGCUGGACCUUCGGAACAACUCCCUGGUUGAGCUGCCCCCUGGGCUCUUCCUCCACACUAAGAGACUGGCCCACUUGGACUUGAGUUACAACAACUUCAGCCACAUCCCUGCUGACAUGUUCCUCGAGGCUCGAGGGCUGGUACGCAUUGACCUCAGCCAUAACCCCUGGCUGAGAAAAGUCCACCCUCAGGCCUUCCAGGGUCUCUCCCAGCUCCGAGAACUUGACCUCAGCUAUGGAGGAUUGGCUUUUCUCAGCCUUGAGGCCCUGGAGGGUCUGCCCGGGCUAGUGACCCUACAGAUUGGUGGGAACCCUUGGGUAUGUGGCUGUACCAUGGAGCCCCUCCUGAAGUGGCUGAGAAAUAAGAUUCAGCGCUGUACAGCAGAUUCCCAGCUGGCAGAGUGCCGGGGCCCCCCGGAAGUGGAGGGUGCCCCACUCUUCUCCCUCACAGAGGAAAGCUUCAAAGCUUGUCACCUGACCUUAACGCUGGAUGAUUACCUAUUCAUUGCCUUCGUGGGUUUUGUGGUCUCCAUCGCUUCUGUGGCCACCAAUUUUCUCCUGGGGAUCACUGCUAACUGCUGCCACCGCUGGAACAAGGCAAGCGAAGAGGAAGAGAUCUGACUCAGUUUCCCUGGUCUCCCUCCAUUUUGCUAAGUGCUGCUACCACCAACAAUGCUAACCCAGCAAGGAUGAGGAGAUCAGAGGCCCCAUUCCAUGCCAGCCCCACGGCUCCCCACCCCAGGAAUUGCCAACCACUAUCACUGUUAAAAUGAGAUUAGUCAUCAGGAGAUGAUGCCAAUACCCUUCAUGCCAAUCUUCCAACUAUUGGCUCUGUUGACUCUCGAUGGCUAAAAGCUCAGAAACCUUCAAUGAUAACCCCUUCCUGUACUAAGCUCCCUCAAGUCUAUUAGGCUUCCUCCUACCUGGCUACUGCACCAAGACAGAAAACACUUUCCGCGCUUUUGCCAUUCUCCCCUCAUUUCUCCAUCAAUUGAAGUCAAUUUGAAAGAUUAAGGUAAUCCCCCAGAAUAAUUGCCAUUCUCAAGGCCCCAUUUCCAGUCCUGCUCACUUCAGAAUAGGGAGACCCAACCCCUAGGGGAGCUGGAGACAUGUCAUCCUGGGACUCUUGACCAUGUGAACUGUAAGGGGCAAAGAACCCAGUGGAGGACAGAAUCAUAACUAGGGUGGGGCAAUCAGGAUAUUUCCCCAGAGUUCCAAAUUUUAGAGGGUGCAGUCAGCAUCUAUACUUCAGCAGCAUAAACACAACCGAACUUAGCAUUUAGUUAACAGGAAUAAUUAGUUAAAAUAUACCAUUGAUAUGCUAUUGAUAUUACAAUCUAUCUUCCCUCACCAAAACUAAAUUUAUCUUCAAAAAUUUAGUUUGAGGAUAUAUUUUGUGAGGUUUGCUCCAAGUUUGUCCUAGUCUCCAAACUUGCUAGUUAUGUCUCUGGUAAAGGGUGAUAGAGAUAUAAAAACAUGGAAUAAAACUACCUAUGGGGGGGGCCAAAGGAGGAACCAUCAGUAGUCUAGGUCAUAAAGUUAACUAUUUUAUUCUCACUUGUUAAGUGGUACAUCUCUCUGAGGUGCCCACUACGGUAAUACCAGUUUGUCAAUAUUGUUAUAACCCUGAGGCUGAUCCAACUUUCCAUUAGUUUUGAUUAGAGAUUAACUUAAUCCCUUUAUUGGAGAAGUCAACUCCAACAAGCAACUAUUAAGAACCUACGUUUAGAGAACAGUGGUGCUGAUUCAAAGAUAAAACAAAAGCACCUCCUGCCCUCAAGGGGUUUACAUUCUAUUGGAAUGAGACUAUGUAAACAAUUAAGUAUACACAGGCUAAUUUGAGGAGAGGGAGAGAAAGUGCUAAAGACUUAGGUCAUCCAAAAAGGUUUCCAUGAGAAGUGGUGUGAGCCGAUCCUUGAAGGAAGCUGAGGCUUCUAAGGGGCAAAGGUGAGUAGAGAGCAAAAUUGACAGGGGAGGGAUGGGAGACAUGGUGUCAGUUGGAGCAAAGGCAUUGAGGCAGGAAAUAGAAUAUGGAGCUGGAAAAGAGCAAGUUGGCUCUUUUUGUUGGAAUAGUGGCUGGGGCAGAGGAGAUCCGUAGUAAGGAGGGGGAAACCUGCAAAAGGAGGCUGGAGCCAGGUUUCCAGAGGUUGGAAAACAUUAAAUGCCAAGCUGAGGAGUUGGUAUCUGAUCCUAGAGGCAAUAGGACUCCUUAAAGGUUCUUGAGCAAAGAAAUGACAUGGGCUACCCCAAAUGAAGUAAACUUAGAGAUUUGUUUUAAGGAAGGUAGGACCAGAAUAGCACAUUCUGGAGAUCCACUCACCGAUCCACAAGACAAGUAAUUCCUAAGUACUUGGGAAAUACAGUAUGCUAGGCACUGUACCUUCCUAAACACUGGCCAUGGUGCUCUGCACACUGUAGGCUUUUAACAAAUAUCUCCUGAUUAGUUUAUCUACUGGAGAGAUAGGUCACAAGGCCCUGAGAUUAAAACAAUGGGAACAGGCAGGCGGAGAGAAUGGGCCGUGUGUCCAUAAGCAUACUCGGGCGUGGGCACCACUCUUGUGCAGAAAGCCAAGGAUAAUGUUCACCCCAGCACUCCCAUGUUCUAUACUCACCAGUACCAAUGAACAUGUUGUCACUUGGUAGAUCACAAGCAGAGAAGAAAUCUGUUGUAGCACAGGUACCGAUAUACUAAACAUUCAGCCAUUCACUCAAUGAGCAUUUAAAUCAGAACUUGCUAUGUGCCAGGCACUGUUCCAGGUGCUAGGGAUACAGAAACAAACAAACAAAAAGCCAGGCCCUGACAUCAAGGAGUUUGCCUUCUGUUGGAAGAAACACAGAGUAUACAUCAUCCUCUUAAAAUACACACAAAGUAGAUAGGAAGUCAUCUCAGGGGAAAGAAAGCAUCAGCUGGGGGUCUGGGGAAAGGUGUCUGGUAGGGCACAUAGCUGUGUGCUUCAGGAAGAUACUUUUGGCAGCUGCCUAGACAAUAGAUUUGAGAUGGGCAAGACUCAAGGCAGGGAAACCAAUUAGGAAGCUAUUGCAAUACUCUAGCUGAGAGAUGAUGGAGGCCUGAGCUGAGUGGAAAAAGGGGGACAGAUAGGGAUGUUGCAGCUAAAAUUAUAACCUCCAAUAUAACUACGUACAAUACUAUUCUGAUACAAUUUGGUCAACUGAGAAGGCCCGCGAUGGCAAAGCUGAAGUGAACCAUUCUCCGCCACCUAACAUCAGCCUUAGGAGAGGAUUCCACUCUAUUUUUUUUAACUGGUCCUACAAUUUCAUCAGUAGAGGGAACUGCCAAUAAGAAACAUCUCUCUAAUGAUGCAGAUCACCAAUUCUUCUACUACCCAUAGUCUUAGAGAGGUAAGGUGACUUGUUCAGGGUCACAAAACCAGUUUCAGAGGUAGGGUUUGAACCCAGAUCUUCCUGAUCCCAAGCUUGGUUCUCUAUUCAUUAUAUCACACUAUCUCUCUCCACCUUUUCAUAUAGAGGAAAAGUAUGAUUAGUGGGAGGUAGUGAUACCACCUGGAUUUGUUUGUUCAUUCACUCAGCCAACAAAUAAUUAUUAAACACCAUCUGUGUGCAGAGCAAAGCAACGUGUUAGACACCGAGGGAGACACAAGGCUUAGAGAAGGCAUGAUCUCUGCCCUCAUGGAGCUGAUGGUCCAGUGGGACAGGUGGGGAGAGGACUGAGAUCAGCUCUAUCCCCUAUAAUGCAUAGCAUUACCUGAUAAGUGUAUUAGAGAGAUGCAAGACAGGUUGUGUAAGCUCAGAAGGAAUAGGUCACUAGCAAAUGGAAGAAGAUGGUAUGAGAGACAAUGACGGGGUUUGAGAGAGUUUGGGUUGAGACAGAAAGAAGGCAUGUGGAACCAGGGAGGGGAUGAAGCAUUGUAGACUGGGGAGGGAUCUAAAUGAAGCUAGGUAUAUGGUGGGGGGAGGAGGAAUAGAGAUAUGGCAGAUUCCACAUCAGUGCAUCCAACCGCCCCUCCUGUCAAGAUUCAGCGACUUGGCAGAGCUGUCUGGGUGGAAUCACCCUAAAAGAGGCUUUUUGCCCAGCCCCAUUUCUCAGUGACCUCCAGCCCACCCCCAUCUUGAUGGCCCCCAAGCACUUCAAGAGGACUUGGGGGUAAUGGGAGGAAGAGCUCCCACCCAAGGAGCUCAUCCUCCCCAGUGAUGCUUUACCCAGGGAGCUAUCCAACCAAAAGAGGCAGCAGAGACAUUCCUAGAACUUAGAGAAAUGAACUCAACAGAGCCCAUACUCUAUUGGAAUCCCUAAAUCUCAGCUCCUGACAUCCAGAGCUGAGGACCACGCUUGCUGUCUUCCUGUCACCACCAGUGAGGCAACUCUUUUGACUGCUUAGUUCUCUUGCCAGAGUCUGUAACAUUCUAGUUGAGAGACUCUAGUAUUAUGGGAUGACCUUUUCAAACAAUACUACUAAUGAGAACAGUUAAACCUUCCCCAAAUGGGGAUGCUCCAUAGAAAUCUAUAACCAUCUCCUAGAGACCUUUUCUUAUGUAUGGCUAAUGUAUUUCAAGACAUGUAUGUUUUUAGUUUAUUUUAUUUUGCAUAGAUCUAGGACCAAACAAGAUGCCAAACGCCACCCGAGGUCAGAUGCAUUUCUCCACCUGUACUUUUCUGUCUCCAUCAGUGGCAAAGCUAAAGAGUGAACCUUUAUGAACAGGAUAGAUGCCUUUAAAGAGCAGAUAUUUUUCCAGCUGUGGAAAUGUUCUGAAGUGCACGUGCGUGUGCACGCGCGCCCCCCCACACACACACACACGAACUAUAGUGUAACCAGAAAGGGCACUGGACCCAGAGCCAAGGGGAGACUUGGCUUCUGUUCUUAGCUCUGCUGCUGUGUUGCCUUGAGUGAAUUACUUCCCCUCUCUGGAUUUCAGUUUUCCCAUUUAUAAAAUGAAGGGGUAAGAAAGACUAGAUGAUUGCUAAGGCCCCUUCCCACUCUAAUAUUCUGGGAUUUCUAAGGAAACAGUGGACCUCAGUAAGCACGAGGUUUACCCAUCCUCUCCAGAGCCCCUUUUCCUUGCCAAUAAAUUGCUUUCCAUCUCUUUGCUGGGGCUGUCCCAAAACACAAAAACGUAUUGAAGAAGGAAUCUCUUAAAGGCAACGUAGCAAUCCUGGUCACAACUGUUCACGUUGCCCUGGUGAUAAACACCCUUGGUCUUCCCACAAGGCUUAAUUUUAAUUUUUUACAGGUUAAUUUGUUUGUAUCUCUGUGUAUGUGUCUAUCUAUGUAAGGUUUAAAAUGUAUCUGACUCCACCUGUGAUGGGGACAAGCUCCCACUAGGAGCUGAGCUCAGGUCUCCUGCACUGUUUUCUGGUAUGUUCCUUCCUCUGCUGCUGUGUUUUCUGAUAUGCCAAAGUGGGCCUGAAGGCCUCAGCUGAUUGGCAUGAGGUGGAACUGGCCCUCAGGAAGAAAAGAAGGAAAGCAAGAAAGAAAAAAAAGGAGGGAGGGAGGAAGGAAGGAAGGAAGGAAGGAAGGA